UGUAUGUGUGUGUGUAUGUGUCCGUGUGUGUGUAUAGCAUGCAUACAGCGCAUGCAUAAAAUAGGGCUGUGGUAAGUAUUACCAACCGUGUACCUGUUUUCAAAAUAUGCUUUGGAAAAAUGGCUGUUUCAGGAGGAAUUAUUAUGAAUAGUUUAAAAGCUAUUCAUAGAUUUGGUGCGUACAAUGGAAUGUUUCCUGGAGCUCUAUCACAAGUCAGGCAUUAUGCUGCAAGAAAAGGAACUCGCGAAAAGAUGAGAAAAAAAAAAGUUAAAGUAGAAGUUAAAAAACUAACAUUAGCUGAAAAGAUCAAGCGCCACAAAAAAGUCAAUAUUGUGAAGCCUGAUAUGAUUCUCUACAAUUUCGAAAAAAAGCUUGUUGCCACAGAUGAUGUCUAUUAUAGACCUUUUUAUCAAUGGAAAAUUUAUUCAUUUGCUGAGGCUAUUGAGUCUCACAGAGAAUAUUUUCAUCCAACGAUGUUUAAUAUGCCAGAUACAUUAGUUAAUAUAUACGUAGAGCUAAAUAUGCAGGGUGUCAAAAAAACAAAACCUGUUGAAACUUUCCAUAGCAUUGUUCCUGUAAGACACAAUUUUGACCAUGGUGAAGUCAGACAAAUUUUAGUAUUCUGUAAGACAGAGAACGAAGUUAAAGAAGUUUUAGAUAAUGGUGCAGCGCUUGCUGGUGGAUCAGAUAUCAUAAAAUUAAUAAUGAGUGGUGAAAUUUCUGUAAGUAAUUAUGACACUGUAAUUGCUCAUCCUUCUAUGAUGCCAGAAAUAUUAACUAUUCGUGGCUUGUUAAAAAAGAAACAUCCAACAAUUAAGCAAGGAACUGUGAGCCCAGAUUUGAAAACCAUGCUGAAUACUCAUCUUCGUGGCAUAAAAUAUACUGCAAAACCAUAUGAUCAUUAUCCAGAGUAUGGACAAACAACUAUUCCUAUUGGCACGUUGGAUAUGCCAACUGAACAUUUGGAAGACAACUUGCAAGAUGCUGUAGAUAGUAUUAUGAAAGUAAAACCAAAGAGACCUGGUUUUUUUAUUACUAGGAUUCGAGUUGAAUGUCCUUCAUCAAAAGCAAGAUUGAAAAUAGAUCAUACUAUAUAUACUAAAGAAGAAAGUUCUGAUAAUAAACAGCCAGCUCCUGAAGAGGAAGAAGAUGAUAAUGUCGCCGUAGCUGUACCCGUAUCGUAAUUUUUUUAGAAAAAUUUUUUUUAUCUUGUACACAUUUUAAGGUAAAGAAACAGAAUUUAUUGUUGACAAUUGGUUAGUUAAAUAUACAACAUUUAUUUAUCAAAAUUCAAUUUUAUUUUAUAUAAUGUAUAUUAUUUUAUUUAUCAGUCUAAGACAAAAAAUGAACUUUCAUAUGGAAAUUUUUACUGCGAUAAUAAUAUACUUUAAAGAAUAAUAACAUUGUUAUGGUUAUUAUAUAAAGGCAUGAUCAAUAGCCACAUUAACGAGAAAUGGUAUUAUUCAUAAAUUUAAUUUACAAAAUAGAUUAUAUAAUUCGUCGUAGUUUCUGAUAGAAUAUUGCAUUUAACUUAAUGUUUUUAUUAUAGAGAAAUUCAGUUGAAUGCAUUACUUAUAAUACUAAUUUAAUUGUUUUAAAACACUAUUAAAUUGUUUUAAUGAAUAUAAAAUUCAACUACGUUAAUAAAUAUUUAUUAAUUAAGAUUCAGAAAGGAUGCGGUCUAUAUAAAAAAAGUAAAAGUAACAUGAUGAGAAAACUUAUUAAAAAGUAAUUUUUAGAAUUACGUUAAAAUAAUUCACUUCGAACAAUAUAAAGUAAGUUUACGCAAAAGGAACACCUGCGUUACGUGCGCACAAUGUAGGGUAACAAUGAAGUACAAAACGUAUCGGUAAAUUGUAAGCUCAGAACAACGCCCAGCCAAAAUUGCCCUUCAUGCUUCAGAAUAUGAAUUUUCAUCAGGAUACAUCAUUUAUACAAAUUAUUAAUAAGAAAUUCGUUAGUUUCGAUUACAUAAUCAUGCUUAUGCGAUAUUUCCAUACAGUAAAGAUAAAUUCUGCAUUACUUUUCAUCUGUUUUUCAAAAAUCCUUAAAAAUACUCAAACAGCACAAAACAUUUUUUCCAAAACGUUUUGUGUAAAACCAGAAAACGUUAUUAAAUCUUCGGUGAAAAAAACGUUUUAAAUGUCCGCAGAUUUUUGCAGAUUUGAUAGGUGUAAAAAACGUUUGCUAAACGUAUUAAAAGAGUUUUGAAAACGUUUUAUUGUUAUUUUUUUGUUUAUAAUUGUUAAUGAAAAGAUGUUGUGGAGUUUGGUUUGGUUGUAAACUGUAAUGAACUCGCAAUAAGUUCGUGAAUUAGGGAAAAAGAAACAAGAGGAGCUAAACGCGCUAGACGACAUCACUAGUCUUUAAUAGUAUAGAUAUUCUAGUUUGCUAACCAGAAAUUUUUUUUCUAUAAAACCUUUUUAUUUAUAAAUAUAAAUUUAUACUACAUAAGAUUGAAAGGUUAAUAAAACUCAAAAAUAAUUUUAAUCACUAAUCUCAUUAAAAAUUA